CUUCCGCAGCCCGGGCCUCGCGCGGUGGCCCUAGGCCACCGCGUGGGACGGCGGGACGCCAGUCUGGGCCCAGAUCCCGGGGCCACGGUGCGAGUUCGCUUCGCUCCCAGCCCCACAGGUAAUCCUGACGGACGUGACGCCCGCGCCGCAGCCCACCGGUCUGUCCCCGCCCCCGAACGUUCCAGAACCAGUCCCUUCCGGUGUCUGCGCGACCCCAUUUUACAGAGACGGAAAUGGAGGACUAAGAUCUGAAGUGAUUCAGGCUUCUUGCACCUGGGUGGCCUCCGUACUGCUCUCUACAACUACAUCUUUGCCAAGAAGCACCAAGGGAGCUUCAUUCUGAGACUGGAGGACACUGAUCAGAGCCGACUGGUACCAAGGGCAGCAGAGAACAUUGAGGACAUGCUGGAGUGGGCAGGCAUCCCACCUGACGAAAGUCCCCGUCGGGGUGGUCCUGCUGGGCCCUACACUCAGUCCCAGCGACUGGCACUGUAUGCCCAGGCCACAGAAGCAUUGCUGAAGUCUGGAGCUGCCUAUCCCUGUUUCUGUUCACCACAGCGGCUGGAGCUCCUGAAGAAGGAAGCCCUGAGGAGCCGGCAGACACCCCGGUAUGACAAUCGGUGCCGGAGCCUGAGCCAGGCACAGGUGGCCCAGAAGCUGGCCGUGGACCCCAAGCCUGCUAUCCGCUUCCGCCUGGAGGAGGCAGCACCAGCCUUCCAGGACCUUGUAUAUGGUUGGACUCAACAUGAAGUGGCCAGUGUGGAGGGGGAUCCAGUUAUUUUGAAGAGUGAUGGCUUCCCCACCUACCACCUAGCCUGUGUGGUGGAUGACCACCACAUGAGCAUCAGCCAUGUGCUGAGGGGCUCUGAGUGGCUCGUCUCCACCUCUAAGCACCUGCUUCUCUACCAGGCUCUGGGCUGGCAACCGCCUCAAUUUGCUCAUCUGCCCCUGCUCCUCAACAGGGAUGGUAGCAAGCUGUCUAAGAGGCAAGGGGACAUUUUCCUGGAACAUUUUGCUGCCUCUGGUUUUCUGCCUGAAGCCUUGCUUGACAUCAUUACCAACUGUGGCUCGGGGUUUGCAGAGAACCAAAUGGGCAGGACCCUGCCGGAGCUGAUAACACAGUUUGACCUGACCCGGAUCACCUGCCACUCAGCCCUGCUGGACCUGGAGAAGCUCCCAGAAUUCAAUAGACUGCACCUCCAACGGCUGGUGAGCAGUGAGACCCGAAGACCUCAGUUGGUGAAGAAGCUUCAGGCCCUGGUGAAGGAGGCAUUCGGGAGCCAACUGCAAGACAAGGAUGUUCUGGACCCAGCAUAUGUGGAGAGGAUCAUCCUGCUGCGACAGGGCCACAUCAGCCGUCUGCAGGAUCUGGUCUCCCCAGUGUACUCCUACUUAUGGACUCGUCCUGCCGUCCACCGAGCACAACUGGGCGUUGACUCAGAAAAGGUGGAUGUGAUUGUCAAACGCUUGCUGGGAGUUUUAGAAACAUCUGGUUUGAGCCUAACUCAGGAUGUGGUGAACAGAGAACUGAAGAAGCUUUCAGAAGGCCUAGAAGGCACCAAGUACAGCAGCGUGAUGAAGCUUCUCCGAAUGACCCUCAGUGGACAGAUGCAAGGACCUCCUGUGGCUGAGAUGAUGGUGUCCUUGGGCGCAAAGGAAGUACAGGAGCGAAUCCAGAAGGUGCUUUCUAGCUAAGGAGAAGAUGAAUAGGAAUAAGGCAGCUCUGAAGGCCUCUACACAUGGAAACUGCAUUCUGAGAUCAGGAGGCCUGGGGCCCAUUUGGACACUUUCAGGAUCAACAGUAAGAGAAACAGACUCUCUGAAUACCCUCAUCAGCUGGCCUUCGGGGAAGCCCAGCCUGCUUCACCUCGCUGAUUCUGGAAAGGAUGAACUUGAACUCAUACCUUAUUAUUAUUUUUUUUUUACCUAUUUUGUUUUUGUUUUCUGAGAUAGGGUUUCUCUGUGUAGGAGUCCUGACUGUUCUAGAACUCACUCUGUAGACCAGGUUGGCCUCAAACUCAGAGAUCUGCUUGCCUCUGCCUCCCAAGUGCCGGGAGUAAAGGUGUGUGCCACUA